GAAGCUGAUUCAGGUGGGUGGCACAUUGCAGUGACAAGACUCCAGCUAGAGGGAGGAGUGAGGGGAGAGAGAGAGAGAGAGGGAGGAGGUGAGCUUGUUGGGGUGGGGGGGAGCCGCUGAAAGGAAAGGAGAGGCAAGUGUGUGUAUGUGUGUGUGUGUGUGUGCGCGCGCGUGUGUGGUCACAAAUGAGAUGUGAGAGGAGAAUGGAAUGACAGUCUCUCUCUCUCUCUCUGCUGCCUCCAAACAAGUAGCUGAAAAGGAGAGAGGGGGAAUAAAGGCAGACACUGUUCUGCCAUCGUCUCCUCAGUGGUGGGGGAGUCUGAAACCUCCUCAUCUUCGUCUGGGCCACAGAGCCGUCACUCCUCAGCCUCCUUCUGACUGCCAACUCCAGGGAUCCGUCAGAGACAGAUGUGCAUGCAUCCAUGGCAGGGAGCACAUAGAGAAAUAGCAGCAGCGCUGGGAGAAGAGAGGAGAGUCCAAGGUUCUGGGAGAAGCAGAAUCCUGAGAAGACUGUUGUGUGUGGCAGCAUUUCUGUCAUUUGGACGGUCUCAGGGCAAAACAAGAAAGUGAAGCAGGGGCAUGUACCACAAUGGAGAGGAAAAAUUAUGGCUGACCAACAGCAAAGUUCAGAUUCAGAUCGCAAGCCAAGCAACCUCAGUCUGAAGUCAAAACCCUGGGAUUGAUGUAUUGAGAGGCAGUGUUCUGAGCGCGUUUGCACCAGUAUAAAUCCAGGUUCUGAAAACAGCCUGAACUAAAGUCAGAAUUGCCCUGUGAUUUGAAAAACAAAACAAGGUUACAACUACCAAUGAAAUUCUGCUCUGCAAUGCACAAUCAUAAGGAGAAGUAUCAACAAUGCAAGGAAACGAAAAAAUGAAUCACUUCUGGAGGAGAAAAAGGAGAAGCUCUGAUUAGACAGACGAGUGCCGCUUUGCACAUUAUGACCACUUCAGCUGAGGAAGCCUCCAACCCAGAGCAUAGCACCCUCCCUCGGGAACAAUAACAUCUGUGGAAGCUCCCAGAGGUGGAAGAGCAGUUGCUGUUUGCUGUCUGCUCUUACCUGGUUCUGGUUUUGUCCAUGUUGAGUUCCAAAUGUGUCCUGUAAAAGCUUUUGCCUUGCAUGGAAGUUGGACUUGCCAGUUGAAAAUGAGACACUUCCAACUGAAUUUGCUUCUCAUCUGUGUGGCAACCACCACUGCAAUUCCUGUUGUGCCCUGGAAGGUCAAAUGUCCACUACAGUGUGUCUGCCAAAUCAGGCCAUGGUACACACCCAGGUCGGUGUACAGAGAAGCAGCCACAGUUGACUGUAAUGAUUUGUUCAUCUCCACAGUGCCUGAAAGCUUGCCAGAGGGGACACAGAUCCUUCUCUUGCAAAGCAACAAUAUUGUCAAGGUUGAGCAGAGUGAGCUAGACUAUCUGAAAAACCUGACAGAGCUAGAUCUGUCACAGAACAGCUUCUCUGACAUUUUGGACUUCAGCCUGAAGAACAUGCCCCAUUUGCUCAGCUUUCACCUGGAAGAGAAUCAACUUGCUGAACUGCCUGAUAAUAGCUUUUCAGGCCUGGCUAAUCUCCAGGAGCUGUAUCUUAACCACAAUCAAAUACGCAGGAUCUCCCCUAAAGCCUUCUUUGGCCUUGGAAGCCUCCUUCGGCUCCACCUCAACUCAAACUUCCUGAGGACAGUUGACAGCCGCUGGUUCCAAGUACUGCCCAGUCUGGAGAUCCUCAUGAUUGGAGGCAACAAAGUAGAUGCCAUUUUGGAUAUGAACUUCAGGGCCCUAUCAAAUCUGAGGAGUUUGGUUCUGGCUGGAAUGAACCUGAAAGAGAUUUCAGAUUAUGCAUUAGAAGGCCUAAAAAGUCUGGAGAGUCUGUCUUUCUAUGAUAACAAGCUAGUCAACGUCCCCAAGCGAGCAUUGCAGCAAGUCCCUGGUCUUAAAUUCUUGGAUUUGAACAAAAACCCACUUCAGAGGAUUAAGCAGAGUGACUUCACAAAUAUGCUGCAUCUCAAGGAAUUGGGACUCAACAACAUGGAGGAGCUGGUUUCCAUUGACAAGUUUGCCUUGAUCAACCUGCCUGAAUUGACCAAACUGGAUGUGACCAAUAACCCCAAACUAUCCUACAUCCACCCCAGUGCUUUCCACCACCUCCCUCAGAUGGAGACCCUCAUGCUCAACAACAAUGCCCUAAGUGCCUUGCACAAGCAGACACUGGAAUCCCUUCCCAAUCUGCAGGAGAUCAGCAUCCAUAGCAACCCCAUCCGCUGUGACUGUGUCAUCCGCUGGGUCAACAGUACCGAGAACCACAUACGCUUUAUUGAGCCACAGUCCACAUUAUGUGCCGAGCCUCCAGACCUGAAGAGAAAGCACAUCCGAGAUGUCCCUUUCAGAGAAAUGACGGACAGGUGCCUGCCCCUCAUCUCUGACAAAAGCUUUCCUUCACAUUUAGAGGUAGCGGAUGGUGAAGAUAUCUCUCUCCACUGCAGGGCUCUAGCAGAACCAGAACCAGAAAUCUACUGGGUCACACCAUCAGGUCUCAAGCUGAUGCCCUACACAGAUGAUGGAAAGUAUAAAGUGUACCCUGAAGGGACAAUAGAAAUCCGCAAGAUUACAGCGCAGGAGGCUGGGCUCUACACAUGUAUGGCUCAAAAUCUCAUUGGCGCUGAUACCAGAAGCAUUAGCUUGAUGGUGAACAGUUCUUUCCCCUUCAGCGAGGACACCCUGGAGCUGCUGGUGAAGGAAGUCCAGGCCUAUCACAUCCUGGUUGCCUGGAAACCUCAUCUCAAUACAGUUGCCUCUAACCUUACUUGGUCCAGUUUCAGCCCCAGCUUGGACAUGACGAAUGUGGCCCGCAUCCCAACAGGCACUCAUAUGUACAACAUCACACGACUGCACCACAGCACCGAAUACUGGGCCUGCCUUCACAUAGCCUUUGUAGACUUGCAGAGCAAGGUGGCCUGUGUCAGUGCCAGGACUAAAGAGGUUCAGUACCGGUGCCUAGAAAGCAGGCAAAGUGUCCUGAUGGUGCUGUCUCUCUGCAUGUUGUUGCUGUCCAUCAGCCUCAUAGGCAACUAUGGUCUGGGCUCUUUCAAGCCACAGGCUGGGAGCCAUGAGACCUGCAUGCCAUGGAAAACAGGCUCCUCUUCAGUGCGCGUAGUAUACCCCCCCUUUGUCAAACACUGGGAUCAAGGGAGAAAGAGCGAGAAGCUCCUAGCUGUGGAGGCACAAGCAGCACCGCUGGACUCUUGAAAACUGGGUUUUUUUCCCCAGGGAGGGUGGGUGAGAAGAUCUGGUGGAAGUUUUUUUUUAAAAAAAUUACCAAAUAUAAAUGAGGGGGGAAAUGCUCAACCGUGACAACAAUAAGCAUGGAGGAUGGAGAGGACAAAGGCCUGGUAUGUCCCCUACCCACCCAAAUCACCAUAUUGGCCAAGCAGAUUGUCCUCCAUGCCAAGACAGAUAAUCCACUGCUGUGAAGGAAGAGCUCCUGCAAAGACAGGCAGUGUCCAGAGUAGAUAGCAUGAACCGAAAUCUGAACAUCCCUCUGCUCCUUACAGACAACCAGAGGCUCGUCUUCCCCCCAGCCCAUUACCAACGUACUAUUUUCCUCAGCGAAUUGCUGGUCCCUUGGAAAUACAAAAAGGCCUUUCCCUUUGGGGUUUUCUUUGUGUGUGCGUGUGUAUUGCCAUUAAGAAUCUUGAACCAAAUUCACAAAGCCUCUUCUUGCAGGCUGCAUGGUUUGCCUCCUAGGGACCAGCUCAGUGGAAGGCAGAGAUGAAGGGAAGGCAAACCUUUUGGAAUCACAAAUAACAAUACUGAUCCUCAAAACAAUGAAUGCUUCUUUGAAUCCAUUAGCAACAUGGGGCAGAGAGUGGAUUGGAUCUCAACCCAAGAGCUUAAUUUCAAGGCUAUUUUGUAAACUUUUGUGAAUAAUGUUUAAAAAAAAGGAAGAGGGAGGGUGAGGAAAUUCCUGCUUUUUCUGUUUUUUUGUAAAAAAAAAUUAAGAGGAAAAAAAGAAAAGACAAAAAAAGAAAGAAAAAAACUCCUUUGUAUACCAGUCUACCAUAGCUAGAAGGCUUUAUGCUAGGUCAGCAUUGCUUCAGCUAGGGGGUGGGGGUGGGGGGAGGAUGUGGGGGAUAAUCUUUGAUGCAAGAGAGGUUUCAAAAAAUAAGAAGCUCUUUGUUUUGAAGUGGCUGAUCUCCAUGCUGCAUAACUCAAAACAUCCCGGGAGACUAAAGCAAGUGGAGUGGGCGAAUGGUUGAGGAAAAGGGGAGAGGAUAAAUAUUCCAUUUUCUAACUCUGUCAUUGCCUCUUUGUCUCUGAAACACCAAUUAAAAUUGCAAAUGAAAUAUAUCAGUGGACAGUGUGCUUUCCCCCAGCCUCUUCCUAGUUAUAACACAAUCAAAAGAACAAUGGCAAGAUGUGAAGAUGUGCAACAUGCUGGUAGAGGCCACCCCUGAAACUGACCUAGAAAAAAGAGGUUUUCCACACCCUUCCAGAAUGGAUCACAAGGUAGCGGCUGAGGCAGAGGAGUGUCUGGGUCAGCACUGGGCAGGUGCUGGGGUUUAGGGACUGGGCCAAAGCUCAGUGGUAGAGCAUUUCUGCUUGGCAUGCAGAAGGUCAAUGAUCCCUGGCAUCUCCUGGUAGGGCUGGGGAAAUGAACCCUUGAGAGUCACUACCUGCCAGUGUAAACAAUACUGAAGUAGAUGGACCGAAGAUUUGAUAUAAGGUAGCUUCAUAUUUUCAUAUGACUGGCCAGGCACACCUCAGAGGGGAAAUACUCUGCAACAGUGUUCCCUCUAACAGGGAUUCCCAAAUGUCAUGGACUACAACUCCCAUAAUCCCCAAGCAAAAGCCAUUGUAGCUGGGAAUGCUGGGAGUUGUAGUCAACAACAUCUGGGAAUCCCUGUUAGAGGGAACACUGCUCUGCAGCCAUGCACAGUACUGACUCCUCUCAUUCCUCUGCCUUGGAUCCCGUCUCACUCACAAUAUUUGCUGGAAAGGACAUAUAGGGGCAGCUGAGCAGCUUCCGCCAAAUUGCUUCAUCCCCUUGUGAGCUGCAAAGGAGGAUUCCAUGCUUGGAAUCUCAAAUCCUCUAUAUCAGAAUUCAUGCUAUGGGCUCAAAGUUGUUCUUUUCCCCUCUAAAUGUCCAGUACUAUAACCCCCAUCAUUUACGACAAGCAAGUCCUACUGGAAUUGCCCCUGCCACUAUAAAGUCUGCAUAUUGUAUCUCCGGAAGUCACUAUGUCCAGCAAAGGUUACUUCUGCCCCAAACUCUGCUUUGCAGAAACUGCUAAAAAUGACUUUAUUACUUCUAUUAUUAUUAUUACUUCUACCUAUCUGGUCACAGACUAGAGUGGGACAAGUGUAUCCAUUUUCUCCUAUUGUUUUUCUUUCUGUCUCUCUUAAUCUGAACAAGGGCUAUGGGUUAGUUGUCAACCUAUUGUUUUCCAGUGGGAAGCAGAGGUACAAAACUUGGCUAGUAAUGUAUUUUGAAAUGUUUAUUUAAAAAAACAAACAGUGAAGUAUGAGCAAACAGAAAGUAGUUAAGACUGGUGUACUCUAGCAGCAUAAUUACUCCUGGAAAAAACCAGUGUGUGAACCAUUUACACUUUGUUUUUACGUAUAAAAUGUGUUUAUGUGAAUAUUUUGUUCUGUGCACUCUGGACAUAUAGAUCAGUAUUCAUUCCCAACCCAGUCUGUUCGCCUCCACACCACAGAUCAGGUAGGAUAUACAGUGGGUACACAUAUGGGGUCAUAUUGGUAUGGAAAUGUCGCUCACCACACAGUUAUAGGGGAUUUCCAGGCCACAGCUUCCUUGCUCUUCACAACACUGUAGGAAGGUCCCCACCACCCACUAUGUCCCCACAACCACAAUAGGAAGUUAAAUUAUUCUUACCUCUUUUCUUUCUUUUUUCUUUUUACUGUUAGAGAUGAAAAGGUUAGGCCGGGAAUCCCUCCCCACAGUCCUGUGUUCCUUAUAUUGGCCUGCAGCAACAGGGAAGCGUCUUCCCCCAAGGUGACGGUGAGAAUGUGCAUUAUGACAAGCCUCCCUUAAGCAGCUGCUCUAGGGUGGCACCACCUUCUCCUUCAUAGAGGCACUUCCCCUGCUGCCACAAGAUCUGGUGGGCCUGAGGCCAAGAGCAGCUAAUUUUGGACAAUAUUCCAAAUUUGCCACUGAUAUUCAAGAGUUGCCCCAAACCCUUUGCCUGAAAUAGGCCUUCAACCAGCCCUAUGGCUGAAGGCUGGCUAUAAUGGGGAUUCUUUGGAACACUCUUCCCACCCCAGGUUCGUUCAGCCCCCUCCCUGGCUGCUUUUAAAGCCCUUCUUAAGACACACCUGUUUCACCAGGCAUUUGCCGUUUGGUAAUUCUUUCUUUAAUUGGUUGUUGUUGGUAUUUCUGUUGUUCACUGCCUAGAAGCUUUGGAGGAGGCGGUAUCUAAGGAGUUUGAAUGAAUGAAUGGGGCCCAUCCAUUUGGGAUGGGCUGAUUCUGUACCAAUCCUUGUCAGUAAUGUGGCCAAUGGCCCACCAGCAAAACAUGAUGGACCAGAAGCCAUGAAGCAAUGCAAUAUCUUCCCUGAAAUAGCCAUCUAGACUUGUCCUGAACAAGGACCACUAAGUAAAUGUUCAUUCCUCCCAGUUCAGGAUGAAUUUAAGUACAACAACAUAUAGUGCAGAAAUGUCCCAAGUAACUCCCUUGCUUAAUUUCAGAACAAAAAUGUGACUGAGUCCUUAAGACUAGAGUCCUUAAGACUACCUCAGUGUUCAUUGUAAGGCUCGGCAGUGGCCCCCAUCAACCAUAUGUGUGGCUCAGAUCAAAACAGUUUGGCAUGGUCCAACCAGUUUAUUGGGCCUGUGCAAAGCUUUGGCCAAAACUGAAUACUCUGCACAGUCCCCCUGGCACCAUUCAGAGGUGACCAUUCCCAUCAUGCAGUGCUGUGCUUUGGCCAGUGCCAGUGAGGCUCCCUUAAGGGAAAUGGAGCCCGCUUGAGCCCCUGCACCAUCCUGGAAGGUGUGCACAGAAUGAUCUGAAGUAUAGCCCUUCCCAGUGCUUUCCUCCAAGAGCUUUCUCUUAAAGGGCCCUCCCAGCACUGAGAAAAGCGCUGAACUAUGUGGAGAUCAGCACAGUGGAAAAUGUCUCUCACACUGAAGACUUUUUGCCAAGGUGGCACCCGCUUGAAAAAUAGUGAAUAUUACUGCACUAUCUGCAUCAUGAAAUGGCCAUAUAAUUGAACUGAACUUUCAAUUGUCUUAAGAAAUGACUGAAUCUGAAUUGCAAUGAAUACUACAGUUCAGGAAAAAGAUGGGUUGCCAUUGGCAGAGGUAGAGUGUAGGGGUGUGCGAACUGGUUUGGCCCAGUUCGACCAAUUUGAGCUCAAACCAGACUGGCCCUCCAGGAAGGGUGGCUGGUCUGAGUUCAAGCCAAACCGGUUGGUUCAAUAUGGUCCAACCGAUUUGGAUGCUUGGAAAGGGGAAUCCAGUAAGGAUUCCCCUUUACAAGCAUCAGGGGCACUGAAAAAGUGUGGGUGGAGACAGGCAGGAAGUUACCAUAUGUGCUGCUGUGGCACAUGACUCCUAGGUGGCAGUGGCUACCCUAGGACCCGCCGGUGCCCCCCUAUCAGUCCGGGCUGACGGGAGACCAGUUCAACCUAGGCUGAUGGGGGGAACACUGGCGGGGCUUAGGGGACCCACUGCCAGCCUGCCAUCACCGCCAAGGAGCCACGCUGCCACCACUGCACAUAAGGUAACCUCCUACCUGCCCCCACCCGCCUUUCUCAACUCUUGCCAGAUUCUCCUUUACAAGUGGCCAAACUGGGUCACACUGGGUUGACCCGUUUCAACACUGGGUUGACCCGGUUCGGACCGGACUGCUGCCAGUUCAAAAACUAGCUCACAGACCAGAUGGUUCAGUUUGCAUUUGGUUUGGACUUGAACCAAAUCACCCUUUGCGGUUUUGUGCACUACUUCGUCCCUAGUAGUGUGUGUCAGGUGGAUAAUGCCAGUGUGUGGUGGGGACCCACAUUCCCUAAUAGCAAAUGAAUUAGAGGACAGAUUUUACAGUAGAGAGUGCUAUGGCAUAGGACUGAGUUCAUUAGCAUAAUUUUACUGAGGAAAGUUGCCCAGAGCCUUCCUGUGCUGCUGAAACCCAUCUCUAUAAGGAUUAUAAUUCCACACUUUACUUACAAACCCAAGUCUGUUUUAUCAAUUAAAAUUAGAAGUGCCAGCAGGGAAAUUCCCGCCAGUUUUCAACAGUAAUCAUGUAAUGUAUGCUGCAUUAGCAAGUUUAAAAAUCCUAGAGACCAAUGCAUAAGAUAUGCCAAUGCAUUGUAAAUGUAAUGAUAUCAGAUCUCUUUAGGAGGAGGGACCUUGGCCCUUCAGUUGAUCAUAGAGAAGAGGAAACCCAACAAAAGUUAAUUUCCUUCUUGGGUUUUGUAAACCCAAUACAGGUGGCAACAGCAAAUAACUGUUUUGCAAGGUGUGCAGUGGAAAAGCUGUUAUUAAAAUUAAAACAACGUGAGUCAUAUGCAGUCCUAGUCUUAGCAAUCUGCCAGCUCAAACAGUUUGGGCAAUAAGGCUGGAUAAGAUUAUUGUUUGUGCCAUAGUGGCUGGCAACCUAUACAUUCAGUGGUGCCUGCAGCCUCAUGGAGAAAUGAGCAUCUUGUGUGCACACUUUAUGUAUCACCCUUCUGCAGCUGAUUCAAGUAAUCCAGUUCUGGUAGAAUGUGGUAUAAUUUGACUCAUCAGAUCUGACAACACAGAAGACCAACUUGCCCCAUGGUGAUUUUUUAAGGAAGCACACCACAGGGACAAAUGCCACCACCCAGGGGUGUAGCUAGGGGAGAGGGGGCCUAUGUUUGCCCCUCUCCCUGGCAGCCCCUCUGAGAGAGGGAAUAAUGGAGAAAAUAGGGAGGAGUGGAGCUGGGGGGCCCUCUGGAGCUGGAGGGCCCGGGUUCUUUGAACCCAUCCACUCAGUUAUAGCUACGCCACUGCCAACACCCCAUCCCAGGAUAUUGUGGAAAAUACGAAUACGACAAAUAUUUAUAUACUGCUUUUCAACAACAGUUCCCAGUUACAUAGAUAUAAAUAAAUAAAUAAAUAAAAUGUG